AUGAGAAGAGCUCUUCCGGAGAAGCCGUGGGUGGACGUUGCGAUCGACUUCCUUGGGCCACUUCCGUCGGGAGAAUACUUGUUGGUGAUUAUCGACUAUUUUAGUCGAUAUAAGGAGGUUGAGAUCCUUCGGAAAAUCACGGCAAAUGAGACAGCUGAGCGACUGGAAAAAAUAUUUGUGAGGCUUGGAUAUCCGAGAACCAUUACUCUCGACAACGGUAGACAGUUUGUGAGUACAUAUUUCGACCAGUACUGCAAGCAACGUGGAAUAAUACUGAAUAAGACGACCCCAUACUGGCCACAAGAAAACGGCCUCGUGGAGCGCCAAAACCGGUCACUAGUAAAAAGGCUCAAAAUUAGCCAAGCUUUAAAUAGUGAUUGGAAGGCCGAUUUGAACACGUAUCUUUCUAUGUACUACGCUACGCCUCACAGCACAACGGGCAAAACCCCAAGCGAGCUGAUGUUCGGCCGGACUAUCCGGACUAAAAUACCAUCGCUUCAAGACGUCAGCACCGAUGCUACACAGUGUUCUACGGACUACAGGGAUAGAGACCUACAGAUGAAGGAGAAGGGAAGGAUAACUGAGGACCAACAGCGGAAAGCGAAGCCUUCGGACAUUGUUACGGGAGACAAGGUUCUGAUGAAAAAUGUCAUUCCCGGUAACAAGCUUACCCCUACAUUCAACCCCACUGUUAUGACAGUUGUUGAUAAACAUGGGCCACGUGUAACGGUCCUGGAUCAGGAAUCCGGAAGGUCCUUUGACAGGAAUUCAAGCCACUUGAAAAAGAUAAAUGAUAACAGAAACGGAACAUCAUCCAACGAGGCUACAUCGGAUAUGCUGCAGCAGGAAGACGCGGGGCUUCAGGAUCCGAUUAAUGAGCAGGUCGGAAAACGGGUUGCUAGUCCGGAACCCAUAGUCGAGGCUGAGAUAACAGGACGCAGCCGACCACAACGUGUAAUCAAACGACCAAGCCGAUUCAUGCAGUGA